CGUAAAGAGUUCAAGAUCCGUCUGCAUGAGCUGCGACGUUGUAAUUACCUUUGUUUAAUUUACGGAUAGUUAACAAGGGAUACAAAAUGCACCACGUCAAGAUAAAGUCUGAAAGAUCAGAUAUGGAGAUGAUUGGUGCACGAAACAGACUGGAUGCAGUGUUGAAGGGACUGGUUGAGAAGAGUGAAAAUGAAAGGGAACAAAAUGAUGGCGAUGCUGGGAAAAGUUUGUCAGAAUCUCUAACCAAGGAUUUGUCUCCAUCAUCUGCUGGAAAAAGGCCUUCAUCUCGCUUUUCUCAGCAUCGAAGAAAGAAGCGAAAAGAAAUGGACGAAGGCAUACCAGAGACCAAUCAACAUAAACAAAAUGCAUAUGUCAUUAAACUAUUUGAUCGCAGUGUGGAUUUGGCUCAGUUCCACACUGGUACACCGCUGUAUCCAAUCUGUCGUGCAUGGAUGAGGAACAAUCCCUCUGUUCGAGAGCCAGCUCGUUCUCCAAGUCCUCCCCACAAUGUGGUAGAGGAAGAGGUCACAGAUAUGAUAAAUGGUAAAAAUCAGAAUGUAUACAGACUCCCUCCUCCAACCCCCUGUCCUGUCAGCAACUCUGGAGAACUCAUCAAUCUGAGGAUCCCACCGACUGAUAAACCCACUGUUACCAAGUCAACAGAGUCUGUAUCAGGCUCACUCCUCUGUGAUCACAUGGACCGUUGGAAAAAGAUCAGGCAAAAGUAUGGUUCCUGUUUUUCAAGAAUUUCAGACAUAUUGUAUUGUUAUUUUUUUUUAAUUAUGUGUAAUUAUUUAUUUCUCAUCAAUUUUUUUUUUACAGUCUUGUAAAUUUUUGUUCAACUACAUUACCAGAUUAGCCAUAUAACCAUACUGAAUGCAUUCUUAAUAACCAGAAAGAAGAUAAUAUGUAGUUUUAUAUACCACUGCUGUCUAAUACACACAGUUAUACUGCCAUAGUACUAAGUAUGUAUGUACUUAAUGUUAAGCCCUGACUUUCAAUAACAUUUUAACACAUUUUAUUCUAUUUGAU